CAAGAGCCCUGUCGUGGGAUGGAAUGCCGAGGCCCGCUGCCCCUGGUCAGCUCUGCCAUGGAGGUGCUUCUUGCUUUAUGGUGCCGUCUCCCUCACAAAGAGGUUUUACAAACCUUGUUUGUACCUCCACCUGCUUCACCUCCUGUGGUUGCUCAGCGAGAAGCGAGUUACACACCUCCAAUCACAACGUUCAUUCGUCCAGGACCACUCCGUACUCUGAUUCAUCUGUGAUUUCCCUGCUUCAUCUCCGGUUUGCCUAAGCACACCAAAUCUCUCUGCAAGGCAGUGGCAGCAAACAUGGUAUUCUAUCCUCCGCCAUGGGUCCCGAAGCUUCCAUUCGACCCUCCCGACUCCAUCACGAUUGGCGAGUUCAUGCGAAGCGAAAUCUAUGGCCGGCGCCCAAUUGCCAAGAGCCGGAAUCCCUUCACCUGCGGCCUCACGGGCAAGACAUACACCGUGGCUGAAUCCCACCAGCGAUCCGAUUGCAUUGCAAAGGCCCUGUCCAAGAUCCUCGGCUGGGAGCCCAACGCCGACUCGCCCUGGGACAAGGUCGUUGCCGUGUUCUCGUUCAACACGAUUGACUACAUUUCCGUGCUCCACGCCGUGCACCGCUUGUCCGGCAUUGCCACGCCGGCGAAUGUCGCAUACUCGGCUAGCGAGCUGGAGCACCAGCUCCGGUCUUCGGGGGCCAAAGCGCUGUUCACAUGUGUGCCCGUGCUGGAGACGGCAUUGAAGGCCGCGAAAGCAGUCGGCAUACCCGAGGACAAGGUCUUCAUCAUGGACCUCCCCCAUCAUGCCCCGAAGCCCUCGUUCAAGACGGUCCAGGACCUGGUGGAGUUGGGCCGCACGGUGCCGGAUCUGGAGCCGCUGAGAUGGGUCAAGGGACAGGGCGAGCGCCAAGUGGCGUUCCUCUGCUACUCCAGCGGUACCUCGGGUCUGCCGAAAGCCGUCAUGAUUUCGCACCGCAACGUCAUCGCCAACACCAUGCAGCUCUGCAUACACGAAGACGUAGGUCGAAGGAAGUGCGGCGUUGAGACUCAAGCGGAACUGGGUUUGCUUCCCUUCAGCCACAUCUACGGCCUCGUGGUGGCAGGGCAUGCUGCAAUAUGGCGUGGCGACGAGGUCAUUGUGCUGCCAAAGUUCGAGCUUAACGACUAUCUCCGGGCCAUUGAGCGCUAUAGAAUCAACCAUCUGGUUGUGGUGCCCCCGAUCAUCAUCCGCAUGCUGAGCAGCAAGGACUUGCUCAAAAAGUAUGAUCUUAGCAGCGUCAGAUUAGUGUUUACCGGGGCAGCGCCCCUAGGGAAGGAGACCGCGGAGGAGCUUCUCCGACUCUAUCCCAACUGGAAAAUUGGCCAGGGCUACGGCAUGACGGAGUCCUCAACUGUAGUCUGCUCGACAAGCGAACACGACAUCUGCCUGGGGACUUCGGGCUCGCUUAUUCCCGGCACGCGAGUCAAGGUCAUCGACCCCGAGGGCAAGGAGAUUACCGAGUACGGCAAGCCCGGCGAGCUGUUCGUGCAGUCUCCGUCCGUCACGCUCGGCUACCUGAACAACGAGAAGGCCACGGCCGAAGCCUUCGUCUGGGACGAGGACGGCCGGUGGCUGCGGACCGGCGACGAGGUCAUGGUGACCAAGACGCCCAGCGGAUACGAGCACCUCACCAUCGUCGACCGGCUGAAGGAGUUGAUCAAAGUCAAGGGCCACCAAGUCGCCCCGGCCGAGCUGGAAGCGCACCUGCUGACGCACCCGGCGGUGGACGACUGCGCCGUGAUCGCGGUGCCGGACGAGCGGGACGGCGAGGUGCCCAAGGCGUUCGUCGUGACGCCGGCGUCCAUGGCGGCGUCGGGCCGCACGGACGCCGAGGUCGCGGCCGAGAUCGUCAAGCACGUCCAGGACCACAAGGCGCACUACAAGUGGCUCCGCGGCGGCGUCGAGUUCGUCGACGCCAUCCCCAAGAGCCCCAGCGGCAAGAUCCUGCGCCGCCUGCUCAGGGACCGGGAGAAGGAGGCCCGGCGGGCGAGGGGCGCCAAGAUUUGAUGGGCUGCGGCGGCUGUGGUAUCUGUGGUUGGAGGUGUCUGAUUUGGGUCUGCACUUUGACUUUCAUGGUUGAGCGGGGGGUUCUUGUGCGGCAUUGCA